AUGGCCUACCUUGGAUGCUAUGCGGCAAAGGAUUCUGGGGGCACCAGCGGUCCUACAUAUGAGAAUGGUUUCCGCAAGGUGAUGGAAACUCUGCAGCCAGCUGUUGCACACUUUGAGAACGUCAAAGCAAUAGCAGAAGCCACAAAGGAUCCCAACACAGGCAAACCCACGGUCGUGAAGAAGGACAUGGAGGCUUUAGGCUAUACCUUCGCUCACACAAUCUUGGACUCGCAAGAAUUCUUAUUGCCUCAACGACGCAAUCGUGUUUGGGGCCUGGCCUUGCUGAACACCGGAGAAUACGACCAGACCUUUGGGCAGAAGUACAAAGAUUGCCUGGCGUCCCUCCGUUCCACAUUUCAGUUCCCAUUGGCCGUGAAUUUUGAUGAGGACUCACCGAUGCAACACCCGAAGGCAGGAAGACACGAGACACUGGUCAAGGAUGCUAAGCAAUCGGAAACCGGUGACGAUAUUUAUGUCGAUUGCAGCUCAAGUUUGGAAAGAUGCGCAAAGGCGGCAAGAGUGCUCCCUUGCGUCACACCAAGUCAUCCAGUUUACUCAACCAAGCUGCAGCGCUACAUGAACAACCGAGACUUCAUGCAAGCUCAGGGAUGGUGGGAAACUUGCUUCUGUGAUGAUGUCUAUGCCCAGAUGCUUCAAAAACUUGGACAAGACUUAGCAGGCAAUGGGUUUUCAAGUACGGUGUGUCAGGCAGCAACCCUUGCUGGCAUGGUAGUCGGAGUGCCAAGCUGGAUGACCGUGGGGGCCCAGGUUCAGUCACCUCAGCAGGCUGCCAACGCCGUGGCGGAGUCUGAUGAGCCCGCCACGCAGCGUGGAGUGAAACGUAGGCUUCGACAGAAACAGGCAGCACCUGCAUAUGAUCCCUGGACGCCCGAGGACAACAAGAAGGUGAAGAAGAAACGCAUUUGGCAGCGCAAGGUGUCAGGGAUUGAUUCACGAAAGAGAAGCAGUGGCAAAAAGGAUGUAGUUCGACUUGGAGAUUUGUUCCCAAAGCAUGCAAUGAGGAUGCAGGCGUAUGACCAAGCGAAAGCCGAUCCCAGCAUCGAAAAACCGUGCCAACAUGUUGAAAAUCUUCGUUUGCCCGGCUACUUCCGAUGCUGCUUCUACAAGUGGAAAAAGGCAAGGGCCCAACAGAAGUGGCCAGUGCUCUGUGCCGUUUGCCCGAAAGUGGCAAAAAAGUACAAAGAACUGCCAAACACUCUCCGCAAGCUGCUGGGUCACCAGCUCAAAUUCAACCGGCGUGGUCAGGGAGCUUGCCAAAACGUCACAACCUUCCUGCCGAAGGCCUUUGAGGACGCAGUGGUGGAAAGUAUUGCAGAGCGCAUAGAGAUGUGCGAAGAAGUUACCUAUCGGUACGUUGCGUCUGUCUUGGACGAGGGGAUUCAGCAAUGGAACCAUGCUGUAGCACGAUUCAAUGAGUUUGCAUCCAGUCCGGAGCAAAUGCUUGCCCACUUGGACUCCCAAGAAGGAUUGGACAUUGAAGACGAGAAGGCAGUGGUGGAAAGUUUGAACAAGCUUCAUACCAAGGCAGCUGGGUGUCUCUUCCAUAUUAGCUUGAAGCGCUCCAGCACAUCGUUCAUGAACCUCGCUCUGACAUACUGGGUAAAGAGUUCUUUUUGGCAGAUUUGCUGA